AUGGCUCUCCUUGCCCAGUGCUGGACCCUCAGCAAGAAGAACCUCCUCAUUGUGCUCAGACGACACGCCCUCCCCACCAUCAUACGCGCAUUCAUCCUCCCUAUCGCCUUCAUAAUCUUCCUUAGUUAUGCCAGGAACCUGUUCAUCCCGCCCUCCACCUUCGGGGUUGGGUCCGCCCACCCAGUUCGCUCAUUAUCGUCAGCUUUGAGAGCUGCUAGCGGCGGACGAAAUAUUGUGGCAUUCGUGAAUAAUGGCUUGCCCGGUGGGGAGAUUGAUCGGGUCAUCGACGCGGUGGAACAGAGUGUGCUAGCUGUGGAACAGACCGUGGUGCGAUUAGAUAGUGAGGCACAAUUGCUAGAAACUUGCAGAAGUUCUCUACGAGGCGCAAGCUACUGCUAUGGCGCCGUUGUCUUUCACCAAGGCAUUGACGGUAACUGGAACUACACUCUUCGUGCUGAUGGUGCCUUGGGAACCAAGAUCAACGUCGAAAAAAACACGAAUGAUGCCGAGAUAUACCUCCUGCCCCUCCAACGAGCCGUCGACACCGCAAUUGCCUCUCUCGAUGGAAGAGGUACAGCCCUCCCCCAAACAGUGCUCGAAUAUCCUUAUACGAGCACCACGCAGGCUCAGCGAAAUACAAAUAUUAGGGUGAGAUAUCAAGGCGCCAUCAUCAAUAUCUUAGGCGUGGCUUUCUUGAUCGGGAUGGUUGGAGUGGCGUAUCAUUUGACUGGAUUUAUUGCCUCGGAAAGGGAGCUUGGCAUGUCUCAGUUGAUUGAAGCCAUGAUGCCCAAUCUACGUCGAUGGCAACCUCAAUUUGCCCGGAUCGUAUCAUAUCAUGUUGCUUUCGACCUGAUUUACAUACCCGGAUGGAUCAUCAUCGGAAUAGUGCUAGGCGUGGGCGUGUUUGCCCAGACGUCAAUGGCCAUCGUCAUCAUCUUUCACGUACUUGCUGGGCUAUCGUUGACCUCGUUCUCCAUUCUGGGCGCAUCGUUCUUUAAAAAAGCGCAGCUCAGUGGCAUUACUCUUGCAAUUAUUACACUACUCCUUGGCGUACUUGCGCAAGUCAUCGACAAAACAAACUCCGGAACAGUGGCAAUUCUCAGCUUUUUGUUUGUUCCGUGUAAUUAUGUGUUUUUUAUUGUAUUUAUGGCUCGAUAUGAACGCCAAAAGCUGGCCACAGACCUGGUUCGAGCUGCCCCUGAAAACACAAGGGAGCUUCCGGGGAUAGCUUUAUGGGUUUUCCUAAUUGUGCAGAUAUUUAUGUACCCUUUGUUGGGGGCGAUGAUCGAAAGGUACCUGUUUGGAACAGCAUCUAAAGGCCGGUCUGUCGUUGGAAGGAGUCUCCAUGCCGAGUCAUCCUCUACUUCUCUACACGAAACUGUUCGCCUGCAAAAUUUUACUAAACAUUACCGCCCAAACUGGUUUCGGCGAAUAGCGUCCCGUGGCACAAAAUUUCCUGCGACCACUGUUGUUGCGGUCAACGAUUUAUCACUCACCGCGAGAAAGGGCGAAAUAUGUGUGCUACUAGGGGCGAAUGGAAGUGGGAAAUCUACUACUCUGGAAGCAAUCGCAGGCCUGAAUACCGUCACAAAUGGAACCAUCAUCGUAAAUGGUACUGGGGGCCUUGGUAUUGCUCCUCAAAAGAACGUCAUGUGGGAUGAGCUUACCGUCCAAGAGCACAUUCGUAUCUUCAAUCGCCUCAAAUCAUCAAGUCGGGGAGAUAGUGAGGAUGUUCUCCGCGAUUUGGUCAAAGCUGUAGAUCUUGAUCGCAAGAUUGGCGCAAUGGCAAAGACUCUUUCCGGCGGUCAAAAAAGAAAGCUUCAGCUAGCGAUGAUGUUUACCGGAGGUAGCGCAGUAUGCUGUGUCGACGAAAUUAGUAGCGGCCUGGACCCGUUGAGUCGACGGAAGAUCUGGGAUAUAUUGCUUGGAGAGAGAGGCGCUCGAACUAUCAUCCUCACAACCCAUUUUCUAGAUGAGGCAGACCUCCUUGCAGAUCAAAUCGCGAUCCUCUCCAAAGGCACGCUCCGAGCGCAAGGUUCGCCCGUUGCCCUUAAGGAUGAGCUAGGCGGAGGAUACCGUAUCCAUUUGCAGAAAGGUCCAGAUAGUGACUCUGCCCCCGACGUCGACGGUGUCACCAAGCAGAUCACUCUUGGUCAAGUUAUGUAUACUGCUACUAAUUCUAGUCAAGCUGCUGAUAUUAUCAAGCGGCUUGAAUUAGCUGGUGUCGCUGAUUACCAACUAUCAGGUCCGACUAUCGAAGAUGUUUUCCUUCAACUGGCGGACGAGAUUGCUUUGGAAAGCAGCUCUAGCCUUGAUCCUGUACCUCUGUCCACCUCACAAGGGGUAUCCGAAAAGGGCCUUGGAGCCACAACGCCUUCAGCUUUGCAAGAGACACCAAUUGGAUUAGAACUGUAUAACGGCCAGCGGAUAACUCCACUUCGUCAAUGCUGGGUCUUAUUUCGCAAGAGGUACACAAUCUCGAGGCGCAACCAUCUUCCUUACGUUGCCGCCUUUCUAGUCCCUGUGAUUGCUGCCGGACUUGUUACCCUGUUCUUAAAAGGCUUCAAACCUAUUGGCUGUGCGCCAGCUGAGACAAUACGCCCUUCUGAUAUUGAAAGCUUCAUAACACCAGGCGCUUAUAAUCUAGUCGUCGGCCCUUCGUCUAAAUUCUCAAAUUCAACUAUCGCAUCAUUCUUCGGAGGCUUCAACCUACCAUCAUCGGAAAUACAACGCGCCGUUCACACGGUUGAUACGUUGGCGGAGUUUAACGAUUACAUCAAUUUAAACUUUGCCAAUCUAACUCCCGCUGGAGUCUUUCUUGGGGAUGAAAGUUCGCAGCCAACUUUUGCGUACAAGGGCAAUGGGGGGAUAUACAAUGGCGUUUUCGGCCAGAAUAUACUCGAUAGGGUAUUGUCCAACAUCACUAUUACGACGCAGUACUCAUCAUUCGAUAUCCCUUGGGCGCCUUCGACAGGGGACACAUUGCAACUUGUCGUGUACUUCGGGUUGGCUAUGGCUGCAUAUCCCGGAUUCUUCUCUCUUUAUCCCACCGUUGAAAAGCAAAGAAGCAUUCGAGACCUGGAGUAUUCAAAUGGCGUUCGGUCAUUACCUCUCUGGCUAGCAUACCUUGCGUUCGACUUUCUGAUCGUCCUUGCAUCGAGCGUCUUAAGCGUUAUAAUAUUUGCGGCUUCUUCUUCGGCGUGGUAUCAUGUGGGCUAUCUUUUCGUAGUAUUUGCGCUUUUCGGCUUGGCGUCCAUUUUACUUUCAUAUGUCGUCUCCCUCUUCGCCAGGACCCAACUUUCAGCAUACGCCUUCGCAGCGGCAGGCCAGGCUGGGCUUCUUUUGAUAUAUUUGAUUGGUUAUAUGUCUACUCUUACUUAUGCGCCGGUUAAUAAAAUCGACAAUUACAUAUUGAUCGUUCACUUCACCAUAUCACUUGUUGCGCCAAUAGGAAGUCUAGCUAGAUCUCUUUUCCUUGCGCUCAACAUAUUUUCUACCACGUGCUCUGGCAAGCAACUGGCUUCGUAUCCUGGCGGAAUCCUUCAGUACGGCGGUCCAAUCCUCUAUCUCGUCGUUCAAUCGUUAGUUCUUUUCGCUGUGCUCCUGUGGUACGAUUCUGGAUCUGUUCUAGCUUGGUAUCGAAGAAUUCGUGGAGCUCCGAGUGCUACUAUCAACCCCGACCCGCCUGCUGAUGGAGAUAUACGAGAAGAAAUUGAGGAGCUAGAACUUGCCAACAACCCGAAUGACGGCCUCCGCGUUCUAAAUCUCACCAAAUCGUUUGGACGUUUUACAGCCGUUGAGAAUCUGACAUUUGAUAUUAAACACGGCGAGGUGUUCGCGUUGCUAGGGCCCAAUGGCGCUGGAAAAUCUACCACAGUUUCCCUCAUUCGAGGUGAUGUCCAGCCAUCAAAGAAUGGCGGCAAUAUAUAUAUUGAAGACAUAGAUAUGGGCAGGCAGCGCUCCAAGGCGAGAUCGCACCUGGGUGUUUGUCCACAAUUUGACGCCAUGGAUCAGAUGACUACACGGGAACACCUUGAAUUCUAUGCACGGAUUCGGGGAGUUUCUGAUAUUGAGCACAAUGUCGAAGCAGUGGUCAGGGCUGUUGGACUACAAGCGUUUACAUCCCGAAUGGCGUCGAAACUCUCAGGCGGGAAUAAGCGGAAACUUUCGCUCGGAAUCGCCUUGAUAGGGAAUCCAACUAUUGUGCUCCUUGAUGAGCCCAGUUCUGGAAUGGAUGCAGCAGCAAAAAGAGUCAUGUGGAAAACACUUGCUGCAAUUGUUCCCGGCCGGUCUAUUCUACUUACCACACAUAGCAUGGAGGAGGCAGAUGCCCUCGCCGAUCGGGCGGGAAUUAUGGCACGGAGGAUGUUAGCUACAGGCACGUGCAAUGACUUACGAGAUGCGCAUGGCAAUGCACAUUACAUUCAUCUAGUGAUGAAGUCGGCACCCCACACCUCAGAAGACGAGAUAGCGACAGUCAAAUCAUGGAUCCUGGUAAACUUCCCCGAGGCGAAGAUUGAGGAUAAGACGUAUCACGGGCAGCUACGGUUCUCUGUGCCAAUCAUAGAGCGCAAACAGGGUGAGAAAGCAGUAGUGGAGAAACCCAAUGCAGAUUCCAUUAGUGGAGGUGGCGAGCCGUUACGUACAACCCAGGGAGGCGGAAUCGGAUCUCUUAUCACUCUGCUGGAAGAUCACCGCGAGGAGCUUGGUCUAGAACAUUACUCCGUCAGCCCAACAACUCUUGAUCAAGUAUUCUUGUCUAUUGUUCAGAAGAACAACGUGGAGGAAGAAGGAUAUUCGCCUAAAAAGAAGAGAAAUCUGAUAAAGACUCUGAUGGGACGAGAUAUAUAA